AUGCUGGGAUGUCAAUUCUUCGACAUCUUCACCCCCUCCGCGGCCAUGAGGUACGACGUCGAAAUCAAGGCAAAUCUCUACUUCUAUUUCUGGACCAUCAGACCGUUUGCGACCCAUUUGCUGCAAUCGUGGAAGUGGUUGGACAACCUGUCCCAGAUUCAGGCAUCGCCCUGUCUGACUUAUGCCGUUGCAACAUAUGCUUCGGUAUUUCUCUCCGGAAUGCUCAGAGGGGGCCCGGGUGUGGUGCUGCCGCCGCCCACCGAAAAGGGCCAGAAGUCUCCGUGGCAGAUCCCGUCGUGGUUACGCCUCCAUACAAGAUGCCUGGCCGAGCUGAAUGCCGUUUUGAGUGAUCCACACCAAGUCGUUGAUGAAUCAUGCUAUCAAGCCAUCCUGUUCCUGUACCGGCUUUCGGUGCUCCUGGCAGACGGCGAGAGCGGCCGAAUGCACCUCCAAGCGCUCAAACGGAUGUCGCUACUUCUCGACACGGAUGAAACUUUGCUCGAAACAGAACUGGCUGUAUCCAAAGUCAACAUCAUCGGCGCAUUCCUCCAUAGUCGCUCGGUCGUGCUACUUCGCAAGGCCCACAGCAAAGCUCAAGGGCGCCGAAAAGAAGUGGUCGAGAUCGACAGGAAAUUCUGGAGGUCUGACCGCGAAUGGUAUUCCCACCGAGCGCAUCUCGCCGGGCGCAUGCUAGCCUGGCGCCCGGAGAGUCCAAGCUCGAGUUUAAUGCCGGAGAGUGCGACGGCCAUUUCGCGGAUGGACCCAGAAAGCUGCAGGUUUCUGGGAGAGCCAGAGCAUGUCGAAAUGCAGCGGUGCUAUCAGAUUGCGCUGUUCUUCUGGAUGUAUCUGAACUGCAUCAGCUUCAACACCUCGGCACUCAUCGUGCGCUCGAACCUGCUCGAACUCCAGUACCGGCUUUCGAACAUGGAUCUCCCUACCAUGAGUUCGACCUGCCACACCACGCUCUUCAACGUCUUAUUGGCGGGCACGAUGGCGUCUCGAAAUCAGCCUGAAAGACGGUGGUUUGUACAGCAAAUCGUCUGGCUCUACCCGGACAUCCAGCACCUCGACACCGUCUGGCAGCUGUUGGCCGAGUUCUUCGACCCCUUGUCGAUAAACUUCAACUUCAUUCAGGAGAUGUGGGAAGAUAUUGUGGCGGCAAGACGGACGACCACAAAGUCCACCAGCUGCCCGGACAAGCAGCUGGUCAAGCCGAUCAAGCAUUUCCGGCCGACAUCAUACUCUCCUGACCUCACAAAGCCGCUUCCAGUUAUUGAACUUGAGGAUGUAGAGGACGCCUCGCUCGCGAAGAGCCUCCACAGGUCGCGAGCUCGCGUGUUGGUCACUUCGUGA